CAGUUUUCUUUUAGUCAUCAGUUGCUAUUGUGAGUUAGAAUGUGUAAAACCUAUUAAUAUGUCACGGUCAGCUGAGACUCACUGAGUAUCACUGUGCUCUGCUUUUUAUUUAGUUGGUGAUGAUGCUGGUGUAAAAACAAAAAACAAACUUUUAGUGUUCCAAGUCGAAUUAUAAUUUAUACAUUUAAACUACUUACUGUCAUUGUUGUUGUUGUGAUUUAUAGAAGACGCAUGAAGUUGUUACUUAUUGAAUCGACUUGAAAUUUUCCUCAAAUUUUAGAAAAUUACCAAUAUGGUGGAGCCUAUUUUUGAUUAUCAAUUUCGACUAAUACUCAUUGGUGACAGUACUGUUGGAAAAAGUUCCUUACUUAAGUAUUUUACUGAUGGAAAAUUUGCAGAGCUUUCAGACCCAACUGUGGGUGUUGAUUUUUUUGCACGACUGAUAGACGUCGAUGAUGGUACAAGGAUCAAAUUACAACUGUGGGAUACAGCUGGCCAGGAGCGUUUUAGGUCAAUAACAAAAUCAUAUUACCGUAACUCGGUAGGAGCAUUAUUGGUGUAUGAUGUUUGUAAUAGAGCAAGCUUUGAGCACAUUCCCCAAUGGAUGAUGGAAGCGCGUCGUCAUAUCGAACCUCAUCGCCCAGUAUUUGCUCUGGUGGGUUGCAAAUUAGAUCUAGUUACUAAUGGAGGUAGACGUGAGGUAUCUAAGGAAGAAGCCCGGGCUUUUGCUGAUCAACACGGCGUUCAUCAUAUUGAAACGAGCGCCAAGACCGGAGUAAAUGUUACUGAAGCGUUUCGCGCUGUAACCCAAGAAGUCUACAACAGAAUCAAAACCGGCGAAUACAAGAUCGAAGAUGGCUGGGACGGAAUUAAGACUGGAUUUGCACGCCCCGGUGGCUUAGAUUUCAAUCUAGUCGAAGCUGAACCCGCCAAAUCCUCUUGUUGUUGAAGUACUUUAGUUAAUUCGAUUAAAAAUCAUUUAUUUCAUCAUCUACGUCUGCAUCUAGCUCCUUCAUAUUAUGUUUAAGUCUAAUUAUUUUAUCAUUAUGAUUAUGUAAGUACUGAUUAUAAUUAUUGUUGCCAAUUGUUGAUUAAUUGAAUUUAUAAAGAUUUUAAAUUUUUUACUAUUUUUUUGGCGCUGUUAAAAUUUUUUGGGUGAAACCAACGUUUUAUACAAUCUCUACAUUUUUUGUACGUAUUUUUUUAUAAUAGAAAAUUUUUUGAUAA